GAGUGGGUCCCACAGCUUCCUAGUGCCCUUUGCUGAGGCGGCAGCUGGCUGUUGGCUCCCCCUCAGCUCCUGGCUCGGCAGUUGCGGGAGCGCGCAGGCGCGGCUUGCAGCUCUGCUUGCGAGAAGUAGCGGAGCAGGGCUAACGAGAAUCGUCAUUCAAGACCUGUCAGAAGCCACAAGAAAAAAAAUGGGAAGAGAAUGCUGGGAUCAAAGAUGCACUCCAUCCACCCUGCUGAUUAGAUUUAGUUUGACUGAAGAGAAAGAUGCAUGAUUAAAUUAUGAUGCAUGGAAUUUACAUACCGCGCAAGUAAGACAUUUUCAGAAAAACAAAGUAUAUAAAAAUAAAUGCAUCUUUUCCCCAUAAAAGUUUUCCUCACGGGAGAAAAAGCAAACUCAGUCCUAAAACGCUACCCAAGAGCAAAUGGGCUUUUUGAAGAAAUAAGACAGGGCAACAUCGAGCGUGAGUGCAGAGAAGAAGUCUGCACAUAUGAAGAAGCCAGAGAGGCUUUUGAAAAUCAUGAAAAAACCAAGGAGUUUUGGAGCACCUACACAAAAGCACAACAAGGAGAAACCAACAGAGGAAGUGACUGGUUUCAAUUUUAUCUUACUUUUCCACUAAUCUUUGGCCUCUUCAUUAUUCUCCUUGUCAUUUUCUUAAUCUGGAGAUGCUUUCUAAGAAACAAAACUCGGAGACAGACAGUGACUGAAAGCCACAUUCCUUUCCCUCAACAUCUUAACAUCAUUACUCCACCUCCUCCACCAGAUGAAGUCUUUGAUAGCAGUGGAUUGUCUCCAGGGUUUUUGGAAUAUGUUGUUGGGCGCUCAGAUUCAGUUUCCACUCGCCUUUCCAACUGUGAUCCCCCACCGACAUACGAGGAAGCCACUGGCCAGGUGAAUCUGAGAAGGAGUGAAACAGAACCUCAUUUAGACCCACCACCAGAAUAUGAGGAUAUAGUCAACUCCAGUUCAGCCAGUGCCAUCGCUAUGGUGCCUGUGGUCACCACCAUCAAAUGAAGCUGUAAAUCUUUUUUUUUUACUUUAAUCAUUUCUAAAAUACUAAUGGAAAAACUUUCUAGCACUUUAAUACUACAGAAAUGUGCAUUGACUUAUUUUAUUAGACUCUUAGAGCAUACCACUUCACAUUUACUGGUUUGAUUUAUCUUUGGUUUUGUUUGUUAUUAUAAAAUUAUUAACUGUGUUUGUUUUUUUACAAGAGGAAACAUGAAUGAAAGACAUAUCAGUGGCAGUCUUUAUGUGCCGUAAGGAAUACACAUGUAUGCAUAUAGCCACAUAUAUACCAUCUAAUUUAUGUACAACUAACUUCUACUACACCACCAAUAAAAACAGCAUUACUCACAAAAAUUAAAAAGUCAGGGGGCACAAACAGUGUAUGUGAUAGACAGCAACAUGCAUGUUUUCUAAUUAAAGACAUUGGUUAACCUCCUAUUUCUCUUUCAUGAAAGGAAAAAUAUGCAUGGAUUCAUCCUCAAUUUUAGAAACAUCUCACAGAGAAAGACAGAGACAGAGCAUGUAGCAUUUACUAUAUGUACUUGAUUGUAAUAUAUAACAAGGAAAUCAUUGAUCAUUAGUGGCAUUUAGCUCAUUUUGUACUAGGGUUUUUCUUCUUGGCUGAUAACCUAACAUUGUCCCAUUAAAAUUUUCUUAACAUCUUUGGAUGUUUUAUGCCACUCAUAUUAAUAUUUUGCUUGCAAGUAUUUCUAGGUAAUUAAAUAAUAUUUAUGUUAAUGACAAGGAGUAGGUAUUGACUACUCCAUUGCUCAUUGUGUGGUUAGCAAUAAUGUUCUUAUACUAAUUUUUAUUCUCAUUGCUACUACAGACUCUCCAUUUAGACUCAAGAAUUUAGCCAAAAUCAAUUUUGAAUCAUUUUCUUAAUGUUUUGCACAGGUUAAAAAUCUUAUUCUCAAAAUUGUUAGUACAGAAUUUUUCACUUAUUUAUAAGCUGUGACUUUUGUGUUAAAGUUCUGUUGAUAGGUUACACAGUACCUGCCAUAGUAGAUGCACAUUAAAUCUAGUUUAGUUCCACAUAUAUCUCAUUAUGUUGCUGUUUUAUAUUCUAUCCUUUUAGCUGCAGUCGUUUUUGCUUCUUUUCCUUAGAGGAGAGAGGGAGUAGGUUAUGAAUGAAUUGCCAAAAUAAACUAUUUCAGAAAGAAUAGAAAAAAGAUCAAAUGAGAUGGCAUGUAUACAAGUAAUUUUUCAGUAUGAAGAACUAUUUAAUUCUAAGAUCCUGAUAUUAUUAUUGUGCUUCAGGGUGACAUUUCUCCUUGUUUCGCUAUAAUUGCAUCAGAGCUUUACAUAAUGAGAAAUAGAACAGGCUGCUCCAUGAAUAGUUAAUAUUCUGCUAAGCUGAAUGUAUGGGCUAUUACUUGUCUUUACACAUAAUCUGGACUAUACAAAAGCUGUGCCUAUUUAAGUAUACUUCCCAGUGCUGUAUUGGAUGAAGUAAUGCUGGAAUUUACACUAAAGUACAUGAAUUAAUAGGUCUGCUAGGUGAAAAGGGUAUUUGUAUCUUGAUAAUGGUCUCAGCAUGACAAUAUUGCUUUAAAUAUUUUCCCUACUAUAUAAUAAUUGUUUCUAAUUAAAUUUGAGGUUGGAGACAUUUGAUCCAGUGUACAAGACUAGUUAUGGAUUGAUUAUCACUGAAAAUUAAGGCUGUGUGUGUGUGUGUGUGUGUGUGUGUGUGUGUGUGUGUGUGUGUGUUACGAAUAUUAGGCUUUAGAUGAGACCAGCAAUUUUCAAAUUGUAGCCCAUAAACCCUAGGAGUUUUCUGACAUUCUUCCAUGGAAUCUGUGAAAUCAAAAUAUUUUCAUCCUAUUUGUUUCUUUAUUCAAGUUCUCUCAAAACAGAGUUAAAAAAUGGAAAACAAUAGUAUUCACACACAUCUUUUUACAAAGACAAUUUAGCUAUUUUUCAUAAAAAUGUAAUUUGUAUUAGCAUAUUUUUUUAAUUUUUGGCUGAAUGACUGCUUUAACUUUUUUCAGUUCAUUUCUAACAUGUUAAAUAUCGAUAGACAUAAUCUCAAAAACAAAAGUUCUUUGGAGUCUAGAUUCCCCCAAGAAUUUAAGGAGGGAUCUAGAAUCCAAAAUUUUAAGAACUGUAGGAUUGGACAAAAUAACAAGACAUCCUCUCACUACGUUAGGCUUUUGUUCUUAUAAAAUUGCUUUAUAUUUUGUAGUCUCAGUAUUGGAUUGACCACUUUCUGAAAUAGAAUAAUGAAUGAUGGUUCUUGAAACAAAAGCUAAAUAAAUUGAUCUGUAAUGAUAGCUGUUUAGAUUGUUGGUCAGUAAAAACACUAUUUCAUAGUAAUUAAUAGCUGCACUAACCAUAAAUUUCAUGGCAGCUUGCUAUGAUAAGAGUAUAAUCAAAAUAUUACUUCAUGAAAUCUUAUUUUACACUUUUUGUUGCGUUUGAGUACAGUUUAUGUUUCAUACUUUUAAAAUCCCCUUUGCUACCCCUUCUGGUUUUAUAAACUGAGAUUCUCAACAUUUAUGAUAUAAUUAAGGGGCUUAUCUGGAAUAAUGUAUAUUUUUAUGCUUUGCCUUUCCUACCUGGUUGAUACUGCAUUUGCCUUUCAUCAUUUUUAAUGAAGAUUUAUUUUUGCAGAGUAUACUUAGUACCUUUCUAAGCAGUAAGUAAAUGGAAUUAAACAAUUUAUAUUUCAAUAAAAUGAUCUGCUCAAGGUUCCUGCAGUAUAUUGAUUUUCAAACCUCCACCUACAUUGUUUCUGUCUGGAAUCCUUAAAUGGGUACUUUUUGCUUUCCUGCUCUAAAUGUCACAAUGAAUUAUAUAUGUUUUAAAUAAAUAAGAUAACUGCUUCUUUUCCUGUUGACUAAUAAAAAAGGGAGAUGUUAUGUUUGUUGAUUGCUAAUGAUAACUUCAAGAUUGAUGAUCUGACCCAGUAACUACAGAGGUAGCUUUAACUUCGUUCUGUAUUAAUAGCGUGUAUUUUAUUACAGUACUUCACAUUUUCAAAUGCUUGAUUUACAUUAAAUUAUCAUAUUUAACUUUUUAUGUUUAUACUAGAUACAAUUUUCUUAUGUUUCUGUGUUUUUGGUAUGCUAAAUAAAGCUAUUUUUAAACCCAA